UCAGUAUUUAGGAAAUUUCCCAAAACUAAAAGAAACAGAAAGGCAUAAAACCGAAAUAAAGGAAGCAAGAAAGGUUUGUCCAGGGAUUACAGCAAAAUCACACCUCUCGAACACUGUAUUUUUCUGAUUCUUGUUCUUGGCCGGAGUUGACAGCAGUAAGCUUACGAUUCGAAAUUCUUUAUACUCCGCUCACCAUCUGACGCCCUUGUUUUACUAAAGGAAACUUUAAUAUUCUUCUCCCACACUCAGCACAAACAGAGAAGGUCUUCCUGGCUUCUGCAUGGACUUCAUGGAUUUUUCUGCACGGACCGGAUAGGAUUUCCUGGUCCUUAAAUCAGUUGGGAGAUGUUUUCCAAAUGAAGUCAUCACCUUCAAGGCAUAGCUGAAAGAUCACCAUGCCUCGUAAGGUAAAUUAUGGAGUUAAUUACGAGGAAGAUUUUGAUGACUAUGAAGAUUACGGUUAUGACUAUGAUGAUGGGUAUGGUUAUGCAGAGGAAGAUGGUACGCCACCAGAAACAAGGUCAAAACAGGAGUUGGUUAAUGCUGGGGUUUGGCGUUGUCCCAUUUGCACAUUUGAUAAUGAAGAUACUAUGAAUGCAUGUGAUAUAUGUGGAGUCCUUCGUCAUCCAUUGGUCGAAAAAUGCAGAGUAGAUGGUUCCCAUGCAGUUGGUGGCAUAUGUAAAGAUUCUGGAGCAUCUGUAAUGGCCAAGUCUCUGUUUGCUUCACUGCUGCUUCAGAAACCAAAAAAGGCUGUAAAUUUUGAAGCACAGAAUUACUCUUUUAAGACCGAAGACUGCUUUAACCUCUACAAGCCUGGAAAUAUGUGUGGACAGUUUCAUGAUUUACACAGAGCUUUUUGUUCUCAAAGCCAUUGCAAGAUUGAUAUAGUACCUUUCAAGUUUGACUCCCAGUCUCCAGAUGAUUCAGUACUGAGUGGAAUAAUACCAUCCAGAUUACGUCCCAAAGGUACUCUAUUCAUGCUUCUGAUUCAAUUAUUUUGUGUCCUAUUUCCUUAAGAUGUUCUCUUGUUA